CUCGCCACUCCCGGUGGGCUCCCGCUCCAGCUGCUGGUACUUCCGGUCAUCGUUGGCCCGUGUUAUAAUGGCUGCUACCUCUGCUUAGCACCGUGUCUCGUAUCUCCGUCUUUGCGAUUCCAUAUCCCGGAAAACAGAGACGCCGUGGCCUAUCCUCUUGCCUACCCUCGACGCGGCGCCAUGGGCCGGGAGUCACGGCACUACAGGAAACGAUCUGCAUCCCGGGGUCGAUCUGGAAGCCGAUCUAGGAGUCGUUCUCCAUCUGAUAAAAGAACUAAACGUGGAGAUGAUAGACGCUCAAGAAGCAGAGACCGAGAUAGAAGGCGAGAAAGAUCAAGAAGUAGGGAUAAGAGAAGGUCUAGAUCUCGAGACAGAAAACGCCUAAGACGGUCAAGAAGUAGAGAGAGAGAGAGAAGCAGAGAGCGGAGACGAUCUCGAAGUCGAGACAGGAGACGGUCAAGAAGCAGAAGCCGAGGAAGAAGAUCCCGAUCCUCUAGUCCUGGCAAAAAUAAGAAAGCAGAGAAUAGGUCAAGAUCUAAAGAAAAAACAGAUGGUGUAGAUGUUUCUAAAGACAAGAAAAAAGAAAAAGAUGACAAAGAAGAAGAAAAGGAAAAAGAUGUUAGCAACUUUGAUCAGAAUAAAUUGGAAGAAGAAAUGAGAAAACGGAAAGAGAGAGUAGAAAAAUGGAGAGAAGAACAGCGCAAAAAAGCAAUGGAAAAUAUAGGAGAAUUGAAAAAAGAAAUCGAAGAAAUGAAGCAGGGGAAAAAAUGGAGUCUUGAAGAUGAUGAUGAUGAUGAAGAAGAACCUGCAGAAGGAGAAAAGGAAGGGAAUGAAAUUGAAGAUGAAGAAUUAGAUCCACUAGAUGCAUACAUGGAAGAAGUAAAAGAGGAGGUCAAGAAAUUUAACAUGAGAAGUGUUAAAGGUGGUGGUGGAAGUGAGAAGAAAUCGGGACCAACUGUCACAAAGGUUGUCACUGUUGUGACAACUAAAAAGGCUACUGUAGAAUCUGAAAAGAAGAAAGGAGAACUCAUGGAGAAUGACCAGGAUGCAAUGGAGUAUUCAUCAGAAGAGGAAGAAGUUGAUCUUCAGACAGCCCUGACAGGAUAUCAGACCAAACAGAGGAAGCUCCUAGAACCAGUUGAUCAUGGAAAAAUUGAAUAUGAACCAUACAGAAAAAACUUUUAUGUUGAAGUUCCAGAGCUGGCAAAAAUGUCUCAAGAUGAAGUGAAUAUAUUUCGGUUGGAAAUGGAGGGCAUUACGGUCAAAGGAAAAGGCUGCCCUAAACCAAUCAAAACUUGGGUUCAGUGUGGAAUUUCAAUGAAGAUAUUAAAUUCCCUGAAAAAGCAUGGUUAUGAAAAGCCUACACCAAUCCAGGCCCAAGCCAUACCAGCUAUCAUGUCUGGACGAGACUUGAUUGGCAUUGCCAAAACAGGAAGUGGAAAGACAAUUGCUUUUCUCUUGCCCAUGUUUAGACACAUCAUGGAUCAGAGGGCUUUAGAAGAAGGAGAAGGUCCCAUAGCUGUCAUCAUGACUCCGACUAGAGAGCUGGCUUUACAAAUUACAAAAGAAUGUAAGAAGUUUUCGAAGACAUUGGGACUUAGAGUUGUAUGUGUCUAUGGAGGAACAGGAAUCAGUGAACAGAUUGCCGAACUGAAAAGAGGUGCUGAAAUUAUUGUUUGUACACCUGGCCGAAUGAUUGACAUGUUAGCAGCCAAUAGUGGUAGAGUGACAAACCUUCGAAGAGUAACAUAUGUAGUUCUUGAUGAAGCAGAUAGAAUGUUUGACAUGGGCUUUGAACCACAGGUAAUGCGCAUCGUGGAUAAUGUCCGACCUGAUCGGCAAACUGUUAUGUUUUCUGCCACUUUCCCUAGAGCAAUGGAGGCUUUGGCCCGUCGGAUCCUGAGUAAACCAAUUGAAGUUCAGGUUGGAGGCAGAAGUGUGGUUUGCUCUGAUGUUGAACAGCAGGUGAUUGUAAUUGAAGAAGAAAACAAGUUUCUGAAGCUACUUGAGUUACUGGGCCAUUACCAGGAAUCAGGAUCUGUUAUCAUAUUUGUAGAUAAACAAGAGCAUGCUGAUGGUCUUUUGAAGGACUUAAUGAGAGCAUCUUAUCCUUGCAUGUCUCUUCAUGGAGGCAUUGAUCAAUAUGACAGAGAUAGCAUCAUUAACGACUUUAAGAAUGGGACAUGUAAACUUCUGGUGGCCACCUCUGUUGCUGCACGAGGACUUGAUGUGAAACAUUUAAUCCUCGUAGUGAAUUAUAGCUGCCCUAACCAUUAUGAGGAUUAUGUCCACAGAGCAGGCAGAACUGGAAGAGCAGGCAACAAAGGGUAUGCCUACACUUUUAUCACAGAAGACCAAGCAAGGUAUGCAGGUGAUAUAAUUAAAGCUCUGGAAUUGUCAGGGACUGCAGUCCCUCCUGAUCUGGAAAAACUUUGGAGUGAUUUCAAAGAUCAGCAGAAAGCUGAAGGAAAGAUAAUUAAAAAAAGUAGUGGCUUUUCUGGAAAAGGAUUCAAAUUUGACGAAACAGAACAAGCUUUGGCCAAUGAGAGGAAGAAGUUACAAAAAGCAGCACUUGGUUUACAGGAUUCAGAUGAUGAAGAUACUGCAGUUGAUAUUGAUGAACAGAUUGAAAGCAUGUUCAAUUCGAAGAAGAGAGUUAAAGACAUGGCAGCCCCAGGAACUUCUAGUGUCCCUGCUCCAACUGCUGGAAAUGCAGAGAAGUUGGAAAUUGCAAAGAGGUUGGCUCUGAGAAUCAAUGCCCAGAAGAAUUUGGGAGCCGAGGCUCAGGAUGUAAUGCAACAGGCUACCAAUGCAAUUCUAAGAGGGGGCACUAUUCUGGCCCCUACUGUAUCUGCAAAAACCAUUGCAGAACAACUUGCUGAAAAGAUCAAUGCCAAGCUCAAUUAUGUGCCUAUAGAGAAACAAGAGGAAGAGAGGCAGGAUGGUGGACAGAAUGAAUCUUUUAAGAGAUAUGAGGAAGAAUUAGAGAUCAAUGACUUCCCACAGACUGCUAGAUGGAAAGUCACCUCUAAGGAAGCUCUACAGAGGAUCAGUGAAUAUUCUGAAGCUGCUAUUACAAUCAGAGGAACAUAUUUUCCACCUGGCAAAGAACCCAAGGAAGGAGAGCGAAAAAUUUACCUGGCAAUUGAAAGUGCUAAUGAACUGGCUGUGCAGAAAGCAAAAGCAGAAAUUACUAGGCUUAUAAAAGAAGAACUAAUCAGACUACAAAAUUCAUAUCAACCAACAAAUAAAGGAAGAUAUAAAGUUUUAUAAACAUCUGGAGAAAACCUCGUUACCAGUUGCUGCCCUCAGAUGACAUAAAUUCCUGGAUCUGGAGCUUCUAUGGUGUUCUUCUGGUUUAGGCUGUGAAAUUUUGAUCACCCAGGGGCCUAUCUGUACUUAGUACAAGUCUUUCAAAUUAAGACAGUGUCUGAAUGGAAAGAGAUUUUCAGGAGUUGAAUGUUUUGGUAGAAGAUUUUUAUUAAUUAAGAGACAAGGAAUCCUCUUUACUUGAGUGAAGGACAGUUUAAAUAAUAAUAAACUGUAAAUAGCAUAAACUCAGUUUUCUUACCAGUAUGUGAAAUAGCUUUAAGUGUCAGAGGAUGUCAAACUGUUACUACUUCAGGGUAGCAUUUUUAUCUGAAAAGUUAUCUCUUAGAGAUUAAUAUGUUUCUGAUUCCACCUAGCCCAUUGUUCACUUGGUGGCAGAUUAAAGAACCACCUACUAUGUGUAUAACAACACACAAACAAAACUGAUAAUUUCAAACUUCAGCCAUCUUUUUGGCCUCUUUUUCUUAAGAUUAUUUAUUUACUUAUUUUCUUCAGUCUGUGAUGGUUUAUGCUUCCUUUUGACAGUAUAUUCCCAUCCUAUACACUUGACAAUUGGUGCUGCUUUCAACCAGCAUCAGUCAUUUUGGGGUUGAGACUUAAAAAAAAAUCAUUUUAAGAACUCUGUUCAUGUUUGUCAUGCUAGUUAUCAAGAGAAGUCAUGCUAGAAAUAUUAUUUUGUUCAGAAAGCAAACUAUGUUAGUCCAUUGUUCCUAGUGUCGCACUGGCACAGUUGGAUUUUUAAGAUUUGGAUGAUGUACAGACUUUAACUUUUUUUUAUGUGAUAUAUCAAUAUUUGUUCAUACGUUUUCUAAAUUCCUCCAAAAAUAAAAUAAUAAAAUAAGUGUG